UAAUAAAGACGCGCCUUGGCACCGCGCUCCACAAGCCCCGGGGUUCAGAAAAGCAGACACAUAAGCCCAGGCAGGAAAAGCCCCUUUAAAUCUCUGCCAAAAGCUGACGUUUCACAAACGGGAGAUUCUGGAAUUGCAGUUCGAAAACGAUUAAAUUACCAAGCUAUCUUCUCCCUUUACAAAAACAAUACUUUCCUUUUUUUUUCUUCUUCUUCUUUUUAUUUUUUAAGUGCCCGUCCCCCACCCCCUUUAAUUAUGAAAGUGGCCACUCCGAUCAAGAUUAACACUUGGAAGGACUUUGGAAAAGAAAAGGGAUCUGGAAGAAGAAACACAUCUGGUGCUUCCUAGGACACCUAGUUUUAAGAAGACAACUAGGAAGGCUGCGCUGGGUGUCUAGGUGAGAGCCUAACGCGGGAUUGGCCAGAACUACUUCGCGGACCUCGGUGCUCGCCCAUCAUGGAUGUUCCAGGUCCGCUGGUGCCUUCCUUCUGAGAACCAUUUGGCCUUGACCACCUGAGCCUGGAGAAGACUCCCACUCCGGUCCUGCCUGCUCCUGUGCGCACUCGAGCACUCCUCCGGAUCUUGCGGGCCUUGACGUCCUCGGGGUGCCCCCCAGCCCAGAUGCCCGCGCCUGGCCCGGGCCUCCGAGGGCCACCGCUGAGCAUGCCCGGGCGCCGGGGGGCGCUGCGCGAGCCAGCCAAUUUUGGCACCAGUUUGGGGGCAGCGCUGGCCCUGCUGUUGCUGCUGCUACCCGCCUGCUGCCCGGUGACGGCUCAGAACGACACAGAGCCCAUCGUGCUUGAGGGCAAGUGCCUGGUGGUGUGCGACUCCAGUCCAUCGGGGGACGGCGCCGUCACCUCUUCCUUGGGCAUUUCUGUGCGCUCAGGCAGUGCCAAGGUGGCCUUCUCCGCAACUAGGAGCACCAACCAUGAGCCCUCUGAGAUGAGCAACCGUACCAUGACCAUCUACUUCGACCAGGUCUUAGUAAACAUUGGCAACCACUUCGACCUUGCCUCCAGUAUAUUCGUGGCACCACGCAAGGGGAUCUACAGCUUCAGCUUCCACGUGGUCAAAGUGUACAAUAGACAAACCAUCCAGGUCAGUUUGAUGCAGAAUGGCUACCCGGUAAUCUCCGCCUUCGCAGGAGACCAGGAUGUUACCAGGGAAGCAGCCAGCAAUGGUGUUCUGUUGCUUAUGGAAAGAGAAGACAAAGUUCAUCUCAAACUGGAGAGAGGAAACCUCAUGGGAGGUUGGAAGUACUCCACAUUCUCGGGCUUCUUGGUUUUUCCUCUAUAGACAUGGAGCUGUCCCGAUGGUGGGAAGGCUUUGAUCUGGACCCAGGGAUCUGUCCUCUGUAACACCUUGAACUUGUCUGAGUAGGAAGGCUUGGGCUGACCUCCAUCAGAUUGUUGCCGUUGAAGGAUGAUUUUCUUCUAAAGCUCCAGUAUUUUCUUUGACUAUUGACAAUUCCUCGGGAACCUGGCCUCUAAUUAGUUUUAGACGACAAGGUCUUAAGGAAAAAUGAAAUUAUCGAUUUGAGCAAUUUGUACCUGUGAUUGUAAAGUCGAUAUCGGAUUUUAUUGUUGGAACCAUUGACUUACCUUCUAUUGUUUGUACAUUGUAUCCUUGUCCUGAUGACAUAGAUGCUGCUGACCCUCAGAUGGAUUGCACGCUGCAGUCAGGGCUUAAAAACAAGAGCCCAACAAAGAACCACCUGCCAGACAGUCCUUGACCUGUGUUCUCUCUGUGUGUGUAUAGCCUUAAGAAAAAGAAUGGCUUCAUUUUCAUUCUGUAGCUAACCCCUGGGGUUUUGGGAGGAUUGGGAGGGAGCUGGGCAUUGGGGACCUGUCAAAAGUGCUUUAUCAUCAGAAGCAAAUUUUGCACGAUUGGACUGCAACUUUUGUUUUGUGUUGUCAGUAGUUUUCUUUUCUCCUCUGGAAGCUUUCUUUUCCUUCGUCGAGUUUUACUCCUCAAACCUACUUAGUUUUUCAUGCUAGGGUCCUGGAGAGAGAAAAACAAAAACUAAAAACAAAAAACCAAAACUUAUGUUCAGUACUUGUAUGAGCUCAAACAAGACAAAACAAAAUCUGCAUACUUUAUUUUUGAAUGCGAGGAAACCAGGAAAAAAAAAAGAAAGGAAGAAAAAGAACUCCUUUUUUCCAAGUAAGAAGCAAAUAGACCAUUCUGCAUAUUCUUCCCUGGAGGCUCUCUCAAAAGUAUCUUCAAACUUGCAACCUGGAUUUUAUUUUAUUUUAAUUAUUUUAAUUUAUACCCUGGGAUCCUUUAAGAGCCUGGCAUUCCUCAUUGGUCAUGAAUCCCUUAAGAGUGGAGCUGAGGUGGCCAAAUCCCCUCGUUGUUUCCUGCUUGAUGAGUCUCAGUGGUGACUUAGGUCUGCCUCUGCGUGACCACACAAGGACCAAAUGCUUCAAAGAGGACCAGCACCUCUUCCUGGAGAUCUUCCUUUGAUCUGUCAAGUUGAGGGAUGUUUGACGCUCUGUGGAUGAACACCUGGCCAGAAGCCACCUGGACUGGAAGUCACAGCAGAGGAAGGUACUGACUGCUGUAACCCAUCAGCGGUUUUUCCAACCCUGCUUGAUUUGGCGUCUUGUGCAACACCACUAUUCAGUUGCAGCCGAGAGAACUGGUGCAGUAUGUGUGUGCCAAGGAAAUGUCACUAAUCCCAAAGCAAUCAAAGUUGAGACCUCAAAGUGGAUGUCAGUGUGUCCUUUGUGUAACAAUGUAACCGAAAUAUUGACGAUAAAACUCAUAAUUUAAGAUUCAGAAUAAACGGGUUUGAUGUCUGUCUUGCUCUAGCCCCUCCUCCUCAUCUCUAUCAAAAUGAUGGGGAGGUACAGGAUAAGUACAAGGAACUGGGCAUGCUCAAUUGAUUCUGUGAUUCUUUCUAAAGGACACACACACACAAAUACUGAUGCAGCUGUAGGUCUCUGGGGUGUAUUGGCCACUUAGAUAUAUUCAGUUUAUAUUUAGAUUUUUUUUUCAAAGAGUAAGAUUUUGGAGGAGAGAGCUAAAAGAAAAAAUCAAGGGUUAAGAGGUUAUUAAUAAUAUCAGAAAUUCCAAGAUUUGAGAAAGCUCAAUUGUUUUCAACUUGGGUGUGAGGAUGAAUCUAAUGGUCAAAAGGCAAGUGCAGGAUACGCUGCAUAGUUAGAGUUGGAUUAAAGUCCUUAACUUUCUGUACUAAAGAGAAAAACGAGGUAGGAUGAGAAGCUUCAUUUUAUUAAGGUGAUGUUUUCUUGUGAGGAGGAAAAUCAACCACAAAGCAUUUGGGGUACUCUGACUCUGGCUUGAAGACAUAUUUCUGAGUGUGUACUGUGUUUAUUGAUGCUGGGAACAUAAACUGAAGGCAGAUGGAAUGUGUGUUUCUUGUGUCUUGUUAUUCUUAGAUAUUUUAAUUCUCUUUCCCUCGUUUCCUUAACUCCAUGUUUAGUUUAAAAUGAGCAAGAAAACCUCAUUUGAAGACAAUAUUACAUUGCAGAGAUUGGAAGAUGUAGGAGCCCUUGUUAUUAAUAUUUACAUCCUUUAAUAAUACAUAAUGCACAUAUUUCAUUGUAUUUAUAUCUUUAUCGUGUACAGAUUGCCACUGGGUAAUGCUGCCUCAUUAAUAAGUUAUUAAAUUAACCAAUAUAAAUGUAUUUCGGGAGUUUAUUUUCUAUUAGAAAAUCAGCUUCCUCCUGAUGAUUGUACCCUCAGCCUUCUUUCUUUUUGCACAGUGUGAAUGCCAGAAAGUUCAUUAGUACAUGGCCCCCGUGGUGAUGUUCUGAGGUAGCUUACUAUCUAUUGCAUCUGCCUGGGCUAUUGCCCUAUAGAAAUAAUGUAGAUGUAUUAUUUUCUUGAGAAACGGAACUUAGCUAAAUCAAGCUAUAUCAAAUAACAGAAGAGUUAUAAAAUGCAUCAAUUAAAAGAAUACCUUUGCUGAAAUUUCAAUUUGCUUGUGACAUCCUUGAGAACUGUGACACUCCCAGGCUUGUCUCAGAAGAAACAGUUGACAGAUCGAAAGUUAAGGUGUGGGUUCUUUGUUGUUGUUGUUGUUGGGUUUUUUUGUUUGUUUGUUCUUUGCUUGUCUGUUUAUUUGUUGGUUUGUUUGGAUUAAGAAAAUUUGUCUAACAUUUCUGGACAGAGCUCAGCAUCCAUGGUUCCUAGCCUCAGUGUUCAUAUUUGCAGAGUCAAUACUCAGACUCCAUAG